CAUUUUAAGUGUUAAUCUUUUCUACACAAGUAUCUUAAAAUGUCGGAUAAACAUUACCAAUAUAUUCAGAAAAACUCUAUUUAAACUAAAAAUUUGUUCGGGAAGUUCCCUUUUUACUGACAAGAAAAAAUCCUAAGUAAUGGGCCUUUGUUUUUCACCUAUAAUCAUGACUGUACACAAAUACCUAGGCUGCAUUUACCUUGCAGUGAUGUUGUCUGCACAUUUGGCUGCUGGAGCUGUAACGUCAAGUGAAAGUGAUGAUGAAUAUUUAACACAAAAAGAGGUCAUUUUAGAAAAGUCUUAUCAUGGGUUGAUUCGAGAAAACGAAACUUUAGUGGAAAUAACUCCAUUAAUUAAAGUGGAUGAAGAAAAAAUUUGUAACUUUCAUAUUCUCAAAAAGCCAUAUCAUGAGAUUCCAUUUGAGAUUGAACUGGCUAAUAACCUUGGAAUUUUAAAAGCACGCCGGACGUUGAAUUGCGAAAAACGCAAGAGCUAUCAUUUUGAAAUUGUUGCAGUAUAUUGCGAUGGAACACCUUCAAAUACAGCUAAUGUUCAUAUUACUGUUAUCGACAUAAAUGAAUAUGCACCAACAUUUUUGGAACCGUCUUACGUAACAGAAGUUGACGAAGGUCGACUUUACAACGAGAUCUUAAGAGUCGAAGCUUCCGAUAAGGACUGUACUCCACUUUUUGGAGAUGUUUGCAAAUAUGAGAUACUUAACAAUGACGAACCAUUCUCAAUAGAUAACGAGGGCUCAAUCAAAAACACUGAACCACUUUCCCAUAAAGCAUCGCAUAACCACAUACUAUCUGUUGUUGCCUACGACUGUGCAAUGAAAGAAUCUGCCGCAAUAAUGGUUAGCAUCAAAGUUCGACGCGUGUGUGAGACAAAGUUUUUAGGCAUGCCAGAACGAAUUGAUUAUACGUCCGGUAGCACUGAAAGCCUUCAAUUGUUUCCCAAUGCUCGCUUGGACUUGUGUGAUAUUUCUUGCAAGAAUGAAGACCUGAGUAUUCAUGCAUCAAUAGCUCUUAAGACAAAACACAUCUCAUUCGGAUGCGAUCGGGACAUAUCAAAUUGCACUUCAAGCCAAAAAAUGAAAGACCUUUUGCCGCAUGGGGCAGAAUGGACCAAAGAAUUGAGCUACGACGAAGGUGUAGAACCUAUAUUUCACUUCGAUGGGUCCACUGGAGUAGUGGUUCCGGACACUGUUAUCGACCAUUACGAUUUCUCAACGCGUCCUUUUAGCAUUCUUAGCAUGUUUAGACAUAAUAGUCAAGGUGUGGCUAAUAAACAUGUUAAGGAACAUAUUGUCUGCAGUGCUGACGACCACAAAAUGAACCGCCAUCAUAUGGCAUUGUUUGUUCGCAAUUGUCGUCUUAUUCUUUUAUUAAGAAAAAACUUUAACGAAGGUGAUCUUAAUAUCUUUAGUCCUGCUGAAUGGCGUUGGAAAAUACCAGAGGUUUGCGACAACGAAUGGCAUCACUAUGUUCUUAAUGUUGAAGACCCCGCCAAGGUUGAUUUAUUCAUCGAUGGCGUACGUUUCGAAAAUUCUAUUGAGGAUCGUCAUAGUAACCCGGAGGUAAUUGACGAUUGGCCUUUACACGCUGCUCAUGGAGUAAAUACAUCUUUAGCUAUCGGUGCCUGUUAUCAAAGUUUGGAAAAUAGAUUAAAACAUGGCUUUAAUGGAGAUAUUUCUGAGGUUAAAGUCACUCUCAAUGGUGUAUUGACAACUGAAGACAUUAAAUGUGGAACCACGUGUGCUGAGCACUUAUUAUCCCCUAAGCAAUUGUCAAUGAAAAAUAAAAAAAUGGACUCCCUAAGCGCUCAGAUUCAAGCAAACACUCAAAUGAAUGAAAUAUAUAUUGAAGCAAAGACUAAACACGAUAUUGAACAAUUGAUGCGUAAAAUACAGUAUAUCAACAUUAAACAAAACCCUACAUUUGGGCGUCGUAACAUAGAAGUGCGUACAGCUCUGGCAUGUAGAAAUGAAAGUUCCGUUCGUUUGCCGCCAAUUGAGACUUAUAUUAUGGUUAACGAACCGAUAGCUCCACUCGGCAUCGAUAUUGAUGUCGGAUCGCCGUCGCUCGAGCCCUCUGAUCAAGAUCUACAGUCGGAUUCCAUAAAAAUAACAAUAUCUGGUACGUCAAAUAAGUUAGUAUCAUAUCAGGAAAUCAAAUUAGGAGUACACAUUUUGGACAAAAUAUACAUUGACUCGCUGUCUAAAAAAAGAGGAAAAAUGGAAGGCAAAAAUUUUCUCGACUCCUGCAGCGUUGUUGUGUUUCCCUCUUUAAACCCAGAUCAUGAAGACAUUCAAAUUGAUGGAGAUGAGUCAUUAUCAUCUAGCAUGGAUAUAAAGACAAAUAUAAAUAAGGAUGGAGUCGAAAUGAUUGGAAAGGACACCAUUUACAAUUAUUUGAAUGUGCUACGAUCCCUUGUCUACAGUAAUAAGAAACCUGCUUAUUAUCUAAAUCGAGUAUUUAAGCUUUCUUGUGCUCAGCUAAGCUCCCAGUACAAAAGCGCUGAAUAUACACUCACACUUACUGUACUGCAUCCUAAACAGACAUUGUUUAAGUCUACCAAUCUACCACCUUCGUCUUCUUUAUCCAACCUAAAUGUCAUUGGCAAUACCAACACUGAAACAACUUAUCAUCUAAAUUCUGGUUCGAUAAAUGACAAUGACAAUCAGGCAACUGAUUCUAAGGUGUAUUCAUAUUCCCAGUUACACACAAAUGAAGUGCAAGAACCGAAGUCUCACAUUCAUUCUUUCGUACACAAAGCUGAAGGCUCACACCUUACAAUGCUUAUAAUUCUUGUAAGUGUUUUUUUGGCCGUUUUGCUUUGUGGGGUUUCGAUUGCACGUAUAAAGAAUAACCAAAAGUAUACUGAUCGCCACCAACCAUGUCCAAAAAUUGUUGAUGAUGGCUUAGUUUGGGAUGACUCAGCUUUGACUAUAACUAUAAAUCCAAUGCAAACAGAUGCUGUAUCAGAGGAUAGUUCCGAAUCAGAAAACUCGGACUCUGAAGACGAAGACGCUUUGAAAGACGGUUUUGCUCACAUCAAUCAACUUGAAUGGGAUAACACCAAUAUAUUCCAACAAUGAAUUGCGUAAUGCCAUGAAUUUUUUCUCAAAACUGGAACUAAAAUAUGUAAAUGUGCUUUUAAAAUAUAAACUACUAAACCAAGAAUUAUCCAACAGUUAAAUCAGUUCAAAUGACAGUCCGCAUAUAUGCAUGCACACAUAAUUGUAAGGACGCGCAUUUAUAUAUGAUUUUGCGAAAAAUGUUUAUGUUGCAAUUUUAUGAUUGUAAAAACUAAGUCAGUGGACGUGCGCAAUACACAUUUGCAUGAACAUGUAAUAUUAGCGCGGACACAAGUUAUAGCUAAGGUAUAGUACAAUUAUUAUAUAACCAGCGUCGCUAGAUCCAUAAUAAAAGCAUAUAGACAUACAUAUAUAUACAAAUAAGACCUACCGUAAUUUAUUGUUUGUCAACCUUCACUUAAGAAUGUAACAUGCACAUUGUCUAACAAACUUCAACAGCAUUCUGUCGCUAAUGCAUAGAAGGAGGUUUCUCCGUCCCCAUAUUAUAAGCUUACAAAUUAAUUACGGAAUGUUCCAAAGGGAAUCGAAAUAGCCAAAUCAUUUGAGUUAUUUAAUAAAGCAGAAGUUGUUGUUGAUUUAUAAUUUAAUAAAAUUAAAACUUAGAUUAAGAGACAUAUCGAAAUAUGUAAACAUUUUAUUUUUAAAUCGACCAUAUAAGCUCUAAAUAUGUGAACUUGAAAAUGUACUAUUAAA